AUGGACGACGUUACCCGCAUCCUGGACGGCUUCACAGAUCCUACGACAGGGUCAUUGCAUGGCGCAAUAUUUGUUGUUAUUGACAGUUCUGGCAAAACGAUCUACGAACGAACAAGUGGGAAAGCAUCGUUCGAGGAUGGAAAUUCGACAGCCCCUCAACUAGACUCGUUGUGCUGGGUUGCAUCAAUGACAAAACUUGUAACCGCUGUUGCUAUAAUGCAGCUCGUGGAGCAAAAUCUUUUAUCGAUUGACGAUGAUGCCAGGGACUAUGUACCGGAACUCAAAGGCAUCCAAAUCCUUCGCGAUGAUCAUGGGCAUUUGGAUACCCUCCAGCCUCGCCUUGAGCCGGUGCAAGGGAAACUCGCAAUCCGGCAUCCGCUCAUAUUUGAGCCUGGAACCUCGUGGGCAUAUGGAGCUGGUAUAGACUGGGCCGGCCGGGUUGUUGAAUGCGUUUCGAACUCAACUCUAGAAGAUUAUAUGCAGGAAAAUAUCUGGUCUAAAUUGGGAGAAACAUCAACCACCUUCCAUCCGGAGCGACGUCGCGAUACUCUACCUGCUGCACUUGAGAUGGGCUACCGUGUGAGCAUCGGUCAUGGCUCUAAAUCCGUUAAACAAGGGCCUAUAACUCUCCAUCAACCAGCGAAGGACAGUCUCGGUGGCAUUGGACUUUUCAGUACGACCACUGAUUAUGUUAAGCUGCUUGCUGCACUUCUGAAAGGCGGAGCUCCUAUUCUCUCCCGGAAGGGCCUUGAUAUUCUUUUCCAGCCGCAUUUGAGCGAGGCAUCACGCUUAGCUAUGCCAAAAUCACUUGGCCUUCAGAUGAGUCGCAUAUUGGGAAUUAAUAGUGUGGAUGACGCUGGUCAAGCAGACCAUUGUCUCGCAGGCACGAUAAACCUCAAGGAUAUCCCUGGUCGCAGGAAAGCCGGGACUGUCAACUGGAGUGGACUGCCAAACUUACAUUGGUGGAUUGAUCCCAAAACUGGCAUAGCAGCUACUCUGUUCACACAACUAAUGCCCCCGGGCGAUGCCGCUGUCACCUCGCUUUUGAUUGAACUGGAGGAAGCAACUUAUAGAGCUCUUGCCGACAAAGUAAAUUCUAACUCUAUUAGCCCAAGACUGUAA